AUAGAUAAAAACUGGCCACCCCAAUCCGGAAUGACAAUUCAUUUUGGUGAAGAAACACAAUUUUGUUUGAAAUCUUUUUAUAAAUAAAUAAAGUUAGAAAUCUUUCCAAAUAUCAACUACUUAUUACCAAAAUGACUACAACUUUGGAAGACAAGUCUAUCUGGGGCCAAGAUGAAGAGGAGGCUCUGAGUGAAGAAGUGCUUCGGAUGCCAACAGAUGAAAUCGUAAGCCGCACCAGACUCUUGGACAAUGAGAUCAAAAUCAUGAAGAGCGAAGUCAUGAGGAUCUCACACGAGCUGCAAGCACAAAACGACAAAAUAAAGGAGAACACUGAAAAGAUUAAGGUCAACAAAACACUGCCAUACUUAGUGUCCAACGUCAUUGAAUUAUUGGACGUCGACCCUCAGGAAGAAGAGGAAGACGGCGCUGUUGUGGAUCUUGACUCGCAGAGGAAAGGCAAGUGCGCAGUAAUCAAGACUUCUACAAGACAGACAUACUUUUUGCCAGUCAUAGGGCUAGUAGAUGCAGACAAACUGAAACCUGGCGACUUGGUGGGCGUUAACAAGGACUCUUACUUGAUCCUGGAGACGCUGCCGGCUGAGUAUGAUGCGAGGGUGAAGGCCAUGGAAGUGGAUGAAAGGCCCACAGAGCAGUAUUCUGAUAUUGGAGGCUUGGACAAGCAAAUCCAGGAGCUGAUUGAAGCGGUGGUACUUCCAAUGACACACAAGGAGAAGUUUGUGAACCUAGGCAUUCACCCCCCCAAGGGAGUGCUGUUAUACGGACCGCCUGGCACGGGCAAGACCCUGCUGGCCAGGGCUUGUGCUGCUCAGACCAAGUCUACCUUCUUGAAGCUGGCUGGUCCACAGCUUGUGCAGAUGUUUAUUGGUGAUGGUGCCAAACUCGUACGUGACGCUUUCGCCCUCGCCAAAGAGAAGGCGCCUGCGAUCAUCUUCAUAGACGAGUUGGACGCUAUCGGAACCAAGCGAUUUGACUCUGAGAAGGCCGGUGAUCGUGAGGUGCAGCGUACUAUGUUGGAGCUGCUCAACCAGCUUGACGGGUUCAGCUCCACGGCUGAUAUUAAGGUGAUUGCUGCCACCAACAGAGUAGAUAUUUUGGACCCCGCCCUGCUCAGGUCAGGUCGUCUGGACAGGAAGAUUGAGUUCCCUCAUCCCAAUGAGGAGGCCAGAGCGAGGAUCAUGCAGAUUCACUCCAGAAAAAUGAAUGUGAGUCCUGACGUGAAUUUCGAGGAGUUGUCUCGCUCCACGGACGACUUCAACGGCGCCCAAUGCAAGGCAGUGUGCGUGGAGGCGGGCAUGAUCGCCCUCCGCCGCUCCGCCACCGCCGUCACCCAUGAGGACUUUAUGGACGCCAUCCUCGAGGUGCAAGCCAAGAAGAAGGCCAACCUCAGCUACUAUGCUUAGUUUUAAUGCGCUAAUUGUAACUAAUUUAGGUAAAUGUAUUUGAAAUGUAAUAAAAAACGGUUCGUUUCUAUAAUGGA